GUGUAGUUCACAUUCAGGAGGUGAAGUAAUUAAUUAAUAGUGUUAACAAUCAUUGUUUUUAGGAUGUCCAUGCAAUCCUUCGAGUUUGAUGAAUCCACUAUUCAUGGGACCUCAGCCAUGGAUAGACCUGGUAGUGGCAAUGCUAGAGCAAGGAGGAAGGAGGAGAAGAGGAACAACGGUAGAAUGAACGGUUCACCAUACGGUGCGAAUCCGGUUAAUCCUAGACAGGCUUGGCUUAACUCGAUGAAUCAAGGACAGAGUUUUAAUAAUAUGGCAAGCAGUGGGUAUGGUUUAAAAGAACCUAUUAAUGCACCCUCAAAACCCAGAACAAAACCGGUCAACCGAGCAAGUCAUCUUGACAAAGAGGAGAUGUACGAUGAAAUACAACGACUGAAGGAGCUUAUAGCAGCUUUUACUAAGGAGAAAGGACUCAGACAGACUCGAAUUACAAAACUUGAAAAAGAAUUAGGAAAAAAGGAUAAGCUGCUGGAGCAAACGUACAGUCAGACACAGAGCACAUACGGGCCAGUUAGUGAGCGGAGUUACGGUUCUACCAGCAUUGAGACUAAUUCGACAAUAACGGGGUUACGACAGAAGUGUCACAAGUACGAGUGUCUUUUGAGAGAUAAGGAAAAUGAGAUCAAGACGAUGAAGAGUGACCUGAAAAGCACGAGACUGCAGGAACUGGAGAUUAUGUGUGACACUUACUACCAGGAAAUAACCAGACUGACUAUGGUAAUGGAGCAGAGACCUGAUCAAGGAUCACGUGUCGUCACACCACGUGCUUCUACACCACGUGCUUCCACUCCCGUUCACGGGUCAGAGCGGGAGAAGAUCCUGGAGGCAAAACUUCAGAAGUUGGAGUUCGACAAUUCUACACUGAAGAAGCAAAUAAUGAAGACUACGACUCAAACUAUUGGGGAUAGUACAGGGUUGAUAUCGGAGUAUGCUAGCCUGUCGAGAACAGACCUGGAAGAACAGCAUCAACAAAACUCGAAAGAACUGUUCGACGCUAAACUUACGAUAGGAGAGCUGAAAACGAGUAGUGCUGUUGCAGAGGAAACGAUAAAGCAGUUCAAAUCACAACAAACUAAAAAUAGCGAGAAUCUCGAGAAGUUGGUUGAUGAUAGAGGCGCACUCGAGCGCAAACUUGCUUCUGUAGAUGGAGAGCAUCAAGCACAGAAACUUGUUAUCAGAAGACUGAACAAAACUGUUAGACAACAUGAGGACGAAGUUGAGAAGUUGAAGAAGCAGGGUGAUAGAGAACAAGCAAAUUUGAAAGUGAGGCUGACGGACAAGACUAAAAUUAUUACGAAACUAGAAAAAGAAAUCGAAGGCCUGAAAGAACAGAUCGCUGAAUUUGAGAUAAAAGAGACGAAGAGCGAACACAAAGAUGUUGCAUCGGCUCGUCCCAAGAAAAUGUCUCAACCUGUUGACAAAGAAUCAAUUCCUAAGACAAACAAAAAACCGGUAAAGAAGGAAAUUCAAGAGAAGAAGAUAGAAAUGAAAUCAGAGCAUGAAAAUGAAAAUAAAAAGACAGAUUCUGAAGCAGAGAGGGAAACUAAAAGAAAGAACUUUAAGAUUUCUGAAGAAGAGCAGAGAAAGGAGCGGGAAGAAGCAGCAGCAAGGAAGAUACAGAAGAACUAUCGUAACCACAGUCUAGCUAAUUCUGUAUCUCUACUUCAACGAGUGCUGAGAGGCCACGCUUUACGGUGCAAAGUGGCUAAAGAAGAACACAACCAAAGUGCUGAGAUUAUUCAGAGUACACUAAAAGGAUUCGCAGUCAAGUCCCAGCAUGUGGAGAGUUUGAGAAAGGAAAGUGAAGGUAUUAAAGUUACGGCAGAAACUCAAAAAGUUCAGCACUCAGCUCCAGCGAGGACGAAGAACUUUCCGGAAAGAAAGAAUCAGAAGUCUGUGGUUUCGAGAACCGUUCCUAUCGCGAAGAAACCUGACGCUGGAAGAAAUACUAAAAAGGACGAAACCCCACUCAAAGCGUCAGCCAAAAGAGCAGAACCAAAACCCAUUGCUAAGAGUUCUACCGCUGUUUCAAACAGAAAAGUGCCAGUUGACCAGUCGGAGACCAGUAGUGACGAAGAUGACUUAAUAAUGAUGUGAAUUGAAACAUUUUAUUUGAUAAUUAGUGAUCUAAGUGUUGACGGAAAAUGUAACUUAUCACAAAAACUUGAUAUUUCAGAGAUGGCAGUUGAACAGAUGUAUUAUACGUGUAUAUGACUAGAUUUUGUAUAUAACAUCACCAAUUUUUAUCAUAAUUUAAUAUUCAUCCAUGUAAUGUUGUGCUUUUAGUUUUAAAACCGCUGCUGUGUAUAUAGUGUGUAUUUAUAUAAUAUCAUCAAUUAAGAAAGUGUUCUUAAUAAACAAACUCAG